AAAAACUUUCUUUACCACACAAGGAUUGUCAAAAUGAAAAACAUUAUGUGGACGUCUGAAUCAAUUCUUUAUAAGAUCCAUUGAAGAAAAGAAUCGUCGCAGGAUGAUAACGAAGAUCCCAAUGGCAAAGAUAGGGGAAAGGUUGGGAGAGAACUCUAGAUGGAGUCUUGGAGGCAUGACCGCUCUUGUCACUGGUGGCACUCAAGGCAUCGGGUGUGUGUCAUGAAUAUAUAGGAAAGCUAUAGUGGAGGAACUAGCUAUGUUGGGAGCAAGGGUUCACACAUGUGCAAGGGACGAAACUCAGCUUCAAGAACGUUUAGGUGAAUGGCAAGUAAAAGGGUUUCAGGUCACCACUUCUGUUUGCGACGUUUCUUCUCGUGAUCACCAACGAGAGAAACUCAUGGAAACCGUUUCCUCUCUCUUCCAAGGAAAACUUAACAUCCUCGUCAACAAUGUAGGAACGUUUAUAGUUAAGCCGACCACAGAGUAUACAGCUGAAGAAUUCUCUUUUCUAAUGGCUACAAAUCUGGAGUCAGCUUUUCAUCUCUCACAACUCGCGCAUCCUUUGUUAAAAGCUUCUGGCUCAGGGAGCAUCGUGCUCAUGUCUUCUGUUUCUGGAGUUGUGCAUGUCAGUCUUGGAUCCAUAUAUGGAGCAACCAAAGGAGCAAUGAAUCAGCUGGCUAGAAACUUAGCUUGCGAAUGGGCGAGUGAUAACAUAAGGACUAACUCUGUUUGUCCUUGGUAUAUCACAACUCCUUUAACUAAAAACCAUCUCAAUGACAAAGAGGUUAUAAAAGAAUGUGAGCGUAGGACAGCCCUAGGACGUACCGGAGAGGCAAAUGAAGUCUCACCACUUGUGGCAUUUCUUUGUCUUCCUUCAGCUUCUUAUAUCACUGGCCAGACCAUUUGCGUUGAUGGAGGUGCCACUGUCAACGGUUUCUCCUUCAAGCCUCUGCCUUAAACACACACAUAUUUGCAUGUGUUCGCAUCAUAUUUUCCAAUAAUAAAACCUACGGGUUAUAUAAAAUAUCCCAAUUUGUAAUAUGUAAUAACUAAUAAAUGUAAUUUUUUUUUUUUUAAUA